AUGUGCAGCCGAGCGAAUUUUGCCACUUCGUCCCCAUUCCUCCAACUGCACCCUUGCCCCUGUUACUUCUUCAAUUACGACGUUGGCGGCCAUGGCGAGGAGAGGGAUCAGGCUAGUGGGUUUAUAGAAUUCGGUAAUGAGUAUGAUUUUGGGUUUCUAGAAUUGGUUUACGGGUUUUGGAUUGGAAAAUUUUGCAGGGUGAAUCGAAUUGACUUUGAGGAGUUCAAAGUGGACUUGUCCAAGCGUCAGCAUUUGUCUCCUUAA